AUGAACCAGCCUGCAACAGAAGGCAAGGAAGAAUGGGAUUAUGUGACGGUCCGCAAAGAUGCCCACAUGUUCUGGUGGCUCUACUAUGCCACCAACCCCUGCAAGAACUUCACAGAACUGCCCCUGGUCAUGUGGCUUCAGGGCGGUCCAGGAGGUUCCAGCACCGGAUUUGGAAACUUUGUAGAAAUUGGACCCCUUGACAGUGAUCUCAAACCACGAAACACCACCUGGCUCCAGUCUGCCAGUCUCCUGUUUGUGGACAAUCCCGUGGGCACCGGGUUCAGUUACGUAAAUGGGAGUGGCAAAUACACCAAAAACCUCGACAUGGUGGCUUCGGACAUGAUGGUUCUCCUGAAAACAUUCUUUAACUCUCACAGAGAAUUCCAGACGAUUCCAUUCUACAUCUUCUCAGAGUCCUAUGGAGGGAAGAUGGCUGCUGGCAUUGGUCUAGAGCUUCAUAAGGCCAUUCAGCAGGGGAGCAUCCAGUGCAAUUUUGCUGGGGUCGCUUUGGGUGAUUCCUGGAUCUCACCUAUAGAUUCAGUACUCUCCUGGGGACCUUACCUGUACAGCAUGUCUCUUCUGGAUGACCAGGGUCUGGCUAAGGUGUCCAGUAUUGCCGAGCAAGUCCUGAAUGCUAUAAGCAGUGAGAAAUACAAGGAAGCCACCCAGCUGUGGGGCAAAGCAGAAUUGGUCAUUGAACAGAACACGGAUGGGGUGAACUUCUACAACAUCUUAACUAAAAACACCCCCAUGUCUGCAAAGGAGUCGAGUCUAGAAUUCACCCAGAGCCAUCUAGGGCAUCUUUAUCAGCACCACUUGAGAUACCUGCACCAAGAUGCCUUGAGUCAGCUCAUGAAUGGCCCCAUCAGAAAGAAGCUCAAAAUCAUCCCUGAGGAUUACUCCUGGGGAGCCCAGGCUACAAACGUCUUUCUGUACAUGGAGGAAGACUUCAUGAAGCCCGUCAUCAACAUCGUGGAUGAGCUGCUGGAAGUCGGCGUCAAUGUUACCGUGUAUAACGGACAGCUUGACCUCAUUGUGGACACCAUGGGUCAGGAGUCUUGGAUACAGAAACUCAAGUGGCCACAACUGUCCAAGUUCAGUCAGCUAAAGUGGAAAGCCCUGUACAGUGACCCCAAAUCAUCAGAAACGUCGGCUUUCGUCAAGUCUUAUGAGAACCUGACUUUCUACUGGAUUCUAAAAGCUGGGCACAUGGUCCCCUCUGACCAAGGGGUCAUGGCUCUGAAGAUGCUGCGCAUGGUAACGGGGCAAGAGUAG